CAAUCGAGGAGGCUUCUCAAAUUCAAGAGGUGGUGGACGUUCAGGAAGAGGAAAUGGUGGAGGAAGGAACAACAAAUAUUGCUCAAAGUGCAAGAAGACCAAUCACACUAUUGAUACUUGCUUUCAUAUCUAUGGAUUUCCUCCUGGAUAUAAAACAAAUGAGAAAACUGCAUCUGCCUCAUCCAGCAACUUGAUAUCCUCAGGCAACAUAACAAAUUCUGUAAACAAUUUGCAACUCAAUGGCUCUGGACAAGAAGAUUUCAAAUCUGAGACAAGUUAUAACUUCUCUAAGCAACAAUAUCAGGCAUUGAUGGCUUUAAUUCAACAACCACAAACUCAAUCCUCAUCUGUCAAUAUUGCCCACACUGAUUUUUUAAAUAAGUCAGAAAACUACUUUCAAGAUGAUUGGAGCAGCUAAACAGAUUGAUGGCUUAUUUCAACUCUCACUACAUGAUGUUUUUCCUACUGAUUGUAAUACAAAUGAGUCUUGUAAUUCUGUACUUGUUGAAAAUUGUAGAGUCUCAGAUUCUGACAGUAUAUGGCAUGCCAAAUUAGGACAUCCAUCAAAUAAAGUUCUGCAAACCUUGUCUUCUCAAUACAUAUCAAUAAAAUUUCCUCAAAUUCAUGCUUGUGAUGUUUGUUCAUUUGCUAAACAAAAGAAACUUCCCUUUCUGAACAGCACAAGUAAAUCUCAUUCAUUCUUUGAACUCAUUCAUGUUGACAUCUGGGGUCCUCUUUCAGUAUCUUCUAUAGAAGGAUACAAAUACUUUUUAACCAUAGUUGAUGACUAUAGUCGUUUCACUUGGAUUCAUCUCUUAAAAGCCAAACAUGAGGUCAGACAAUUACUUCAAUCCUUCAUCACAAUUACUGAAAAUCAGUAUGAUUGCAAAUUGAAAAGAAUAAGGUCUGAUAAUGGAAAGGAGUUUCUUCUCACUGAUUUCUUCAAUUCCAAGGGCAUAAUACAUGAAACUACUUGUGUUGAAACUCCUCAACAAAAUGGUAUUGUUGAAAGAAAACACCAACAUCUUUUGAAUGUCUGUAGAGCUCUACUUUUCCAAUCCAAAAUUCCAAACAUUUUCUGGUCUUAUGCACUCAAAUAUGUUGUCCAUCUAAUCAAUAGACUUCCUACCAUAUUUCUUAAACAGAAAUCACCUUUUGAAAUGAUUCAUAAUCAAAGACCAAAUCUACAUCUUUUAAAGGUUUUUGGUUGCCUUGCAUAUGCUUCUACUCUUACUUCAAACAGAACCAAACUCGAUUCUAGAGCCUCUAAAUGCAUCUUUCUUGGUUUCAAAUCUGGAACCAAAGGAUAUGUACUUUACAACCUACAUUCUAGAUCAUUCAUUAUCUCCAGAAAUGUCAUCUUCCAUGAAUCUGUCUAUCCUUACAUUAACCUUCAAUCUUUCAAUCAGAAUAAUAAUGAUGAUAAUACUUCUGAAGUUGAUCAUAACUACAUAUUCUAUGAUUUCCUCACACCACCCAAUUCUAUAUCCAUUGAAACAAAUUCUGAAAAUAAUACUUCAUCCACUCAAACAUCAAACACUGUAGUUGAGAAAGUCACUAACAAUCAUGCUCCAAUCAGAAUGUCUACAAGACAGAAAUCCAAGCCCAACUAUUUGAAUCAAUAUCAUUGUUACAAUCUCUCUUCUGAUUCAAAUUCCAUAAUUUCUUACCCCUUUGUUCAUACAUAUCUUAUAACAAAUGCUCUUCUAACUACACUGCUUUUUGUCAUUCCAUUUCUUCCUCCAUUGAGCCUUCCAACUUCAAAGAAGCAGUUAAACAGGAUUGUUGGAAAGAAGCCAUGAUGACUGAACUUGAUGCUCUAGCUAGAAAUAACACUUGGUCUUUGGUUUCACUUCCUCCUGGCAAGAAAGCAGUUGGGUGCAAAUGGGUUUACAGAAUAAAACAUAAGGCUGAUGGAAGCAUUGACAGAUAUAAAGCUAGAUUGGUCGCAAAAGGAUUUACUCAAACAGAAGGUCUGGAUUACUUUGAAACUUUCUCCCCAGUAGCAAAACUGACCACUGUGAGAUUUCUACUUGCCCUAGCAUCCACAAACAAUUGGUUUCUACAUCAACUUGACAUAGACAAUGCUUUUCUACAUGGUGAUUUAGCAGAAGAUGUUUACAUGAAGCCUCCCCAAGGGCUUAACAUACCUCAUACUGACCUUGUUUGUAAACUGCAAAGAUCCCUUUAUGGCUUAAAGCAAGCCAGCAGAAAUUGGAACCAAAAAUUGAAUUCAGCAUUAAUUCAUUUGGGUUAUAAGCAAAGUUCUGCUGAUCCUUCUCUCUUCAUUAAGAUUCAAACCGAUUUCAUCACAAUACUACUUGUAUAUGUUGAUGAUAUUGUUCUAAGUGGAAACAACAUCUCUGAAAUACAGUCUGUCAAACAAUAUCUUCAUCAAACUUUUAAAAUAAAAGAUCUUGGUCCAUUAAGAUUUUUCUUAGGACUAGAGAUGGCUAGAUCUCAGAAGGGGAUCAUUCUUAAUCAGAGAAAAUACUGUUUGGAGUUGAUUAAUGAAGCUGGCCUACUUGGAUCUAAACCUGCAACUACUCCCUCAGAUCCAAAUGUCAAAUUACUUGCAGAUCAAGGAAAUGUACUUGUUGAUUCUACCAUUUUUAGAAGAUUGAUUGGAAAAUUAUUAUAUCUCACUAAUACCUGUCCUGAUAUAAGUUUUUCAGUUCAACAAUUAAGUCAAUUUGUUGCUACACCUCGAGAACCUCAUAUGCAAGCUGCAUUAAGAGUUGUAAGAUAUCUGAAAAAUGCUCCAGGACUUGGUCUUUUUUAUCCUUCAGAAAAUUCACUACAAAUUCAAGCCUUCUCAGAUUCUGAUUGGGCAACAUGUCCUACUACUCGAAAAUCAAUCACUGGAUUCUGUGUCUUUCUUGGAAAAUCUCUGGUUUCUUGGAAAUCAAAGAAACAAUCCACAGUCUCAAGAUCUUCCUCUGAGGCAGAAUAUAGAGCACUUGCCUCUUUAACUUGUGAACUCCAAUGGAUCAAAUACUUAUCAGAUAGUUUAUCUGCUAAACUUUCUACCCCCUUUUCUGUAUUUUCGGAUAGCCAAUCAGCUAUUCAAAUAGCUAAAAAUCCCACCUUUCAUGAGAGAACAAAACACAUCGAAAUUGAUUGCCACAUCACUCGGAUCAAACUUCAAGAAGGACUACUACAUCUACUUCAUGUUUCUUCAGCGAAUCAACUUGCUGAUGUGCUUACAAAGUCUUUACAUCCAAAGUCUUUUGAUACAGCUAUAUCCAAUCUGGGUCUUCUCAAUAUUCAUGACCCAUCUUGAGAAGGGGUAUUAGAUAAUAAAAACUAUUUUUAGUUAGUUUUUAAACAAUUUGGAGUUUGUUAUACAGCUGGAGUGUUUGUUAUACUUCGGUUAUCUCUUUUCCUCCUUUGUAUAUAUCAGUAUAAAUACUGAUAUUAUUGUAAUGAGAAUUCUAUGAGAUGAAUGGAUCAAUUUUCUUCUUUCUUCUUUCUUGCAUUCUGUGAACGCUAACAUAUGGAAAAGCCGAGCAAGAUUCUUCGAUCUGGAAGGAUAGGUUUCGAGGCAGCUCAGCGGAUGAAAAUGUCGACGUCGGAUCUAGAGCAGCGGAAUUGAUACUACAGAUGUAUCAAACACUCCAGAGUCAAGGGCAAACUCCAGUAUGAAAGAAAAAUUACUCAUGAGAUAAAGAAGCAAUAGUACGUAGUAAUAGUUUUCUUAGUGUCCUCCUUGGGUCCACUGCCCUAUGAGUUAAAUACAACUACCUUCCGUUACAAUUUGGUAAUAUCGUACCGCUAAUAUACUACUUAAUCCAAGACAUAAUCAUUUAAAUGAUUGGGGAGUUUCUUCUGGCGGUUGGAUUGUUUGAUGUGACAUGGAGGUGUGUGAGGGAAAACGUUGACAUCAUGGGCAUGGGCAGGUCUGGUAACUGCCGUAUCACUCUCCUCCGCUUCGGAAAACACCUUGUCCUCAAGGUGCAGGUCAGGCGGCGUGCAUCAAUCCAUGAAGUGUCACCUUGAGAACUGUCGGGCCAAUGAACUAGGACUUGUGGUUCGAGAUGCCCAUUGCGUAGAAGUUGUCGGGACCCACAAACUGUGAGGGGAGGGU